UCGAAAAAAAUUUAUUUUUCAAAUACUUAUGGAACCCACAUAACAGCUGUUUUACAUAUUUUCUGAAAAUUGAAUUUCCCUAAAAUAGGCCCUGCUCCUUGUCAAAAGUUUCAAGAGAGAAGUUUUGGUAAAAUAUAAUCUAACAAUAUAAAGUAAUCGAAUAAUCUUCAUCAACACGCAGUAAAUAUUCAACGUUAGAACAACGUAUACCUAUCCACCUCUCUUGUCCAUUGAAUAAUUCAUUUUCAAUUUCAAUUUACACAAAUUAGAAACCGGAACUAAAAAAUGAAAAUCGUCGCAACGUUCCUCAUUUUUCUUGUUGUUGGAAGUGAAUACAGCCUAGCAGCUCGGAAGAGUUCGUCUCCAAAUUCAAAACAAACUGAAGAGAUGUUGCCAGCUCCAAAAAAUUCAACCUCAAACACGAAUCAGGCAGACAAACCGCCAAUGGCAGCAGAAAAGGACCAACUGGUCGCACCAGGCAUAACGGUAUCUAAAGGCUUCAAGAAAACGAACUGCUUGGCUAGUCGAUUCGCUGUCCUAUGUGCAUCGUCCAGCACAGUAGACGGUUGCGUAACGAAGAAUUCCAAAACGAAAUGCGGAAAACAAUGCAUUUGUGGUCCAAAAGAAUGCGAUUGUGGUACAUCGGGAUGUUACUGUCAAGUGGAUGGAGGUUGCCGGUGUAAUGGUAGUAAAUCGUCGUAGACUGCAGUGCUAUUUUUCUUUAAGUUUGUAGACAGUAAACA